CAUCCUUCAAUCGAUUCAAAAGCUUUGUCCACGUGUCCGACUAGAGAUUGUUUCCUUCCACGAGUGUCAUCUUUAUCCAGCAUCAAUGGAAAUAUUUCGUAAAGGUUACUGCAGAUGGUAACGAUGCAGCAUGCGAGCUUUUUGUACCGUCAGCGCACCCUUAGAGGUUUGCGCACCACCUUCCCGACCUCUGCCUCCGGGUACCAGAUUUUUAGCUUUAAAAUUAUUGGGAACGCCGCAGCCACGCACACUCUACUUCCUAGUCGAAGCAAAAAGUCGCGUACGCGAAGUAUACGCACAAACAUGCCAUCACUUCUCGAAGCAAGGCAUGCUGGACACGGAGCUGUUUGGGCUGGCCGUACUAAUAGAUGGCGAGUACCUGUUCGCCGAUCCCGAGAGCAAACUGUCCAAGUACGGACCAAAAAGCUGGCGUUCCUCGCACACUCAUGGCCUGGACGCCAACGGGAAACCUCUCCUGGAGCUACACUUUCGCGUGCAGUUCUACAUCGAGAGUCCGCUCAUGCUGCGAGAUGAAGUCUCUCGGCACAACUACUAUCUGCAGCUGAAGUACAACGCGGUCAACCGGGACCUGCCAAAGGAGUGCUCCGAGCAGAGUUUGCUGCUGCUCGGUGGACUUUCCUUACAAGCGGAUCUCGGUGACAUCGUGCCAGAAGAUGCCGGAACAUCCCUACCCGCCACACCAUCGGUGACCACGGCUUCCACAUCCAUUGCCACGGUACCCGGUACCUCAACCACCAGCAGCGGGCCGAACGUGGGUGUUGUUAACGUGGCCACGAUCAACGCUGGAAGUAUUACUGGAAACAGUGGUGGUAGUAGCAGCACAAGCAGUAGCAGUAAUAGUAGUACCACCAGCAAAAGCAGUGCCACUAGCAGCAACUCCAGCACUACGUCCGCCUCUUCUCCCAAUCCGUCAGGUGGGUCUUCAUCAGCAUCGUCCACGUCAACGGCACCAUCAUCAUCCACUACUGCUGCCGGUUCGCUGUUGAGUACUUCUGCCAUUGGACAAUGUUCCACAACGAAUGAGGUCGGAAGUAAUGUGGGCAGCGCGAAUACUGGUGGAAGUGUCUCUCCCUCGGUGGAAUAUUUCCGCCCGGACGAAUACCUCAACCCGGCACUUCGAUCAGCUUGGGGCGUCUCCGCUGUCACCACGUGCCACCGCGAGAACCGUGGGCUUUCGCGGGCCGAUGCCGAAACGCACUACAUUCGCGAGGCGUGCAACCUUAACGAAGCCAUCAACGCACACAUCUUCCGGAUGAAGCAGUCCAAGAACGAAACGGGUCUCGGUACGGUCACGCUGAGCAUCUACGCGAAAGGAAUCAGGAUUGCGACGGAUGGAAGCUCAACAGCGACCACCUUCCACUGGCCGCACAUCGGCAAGCUUAGUUUCGAUCGGAAAAAGUUCGAAAUCCGGUCGGGUGACAGUAAAAUAACGCUCUACUCUACCAACGAUGAUAAAAACAAGAUGAUCCUAGCGCUUUGUCGCGAGACACAUCAGUUCUCGAUGAAGAUCGCUCCGCGACUAACUGAAGCGAUUAAGCGGGAGGAGGAGGAGAGCAGCUGUAUCCACGGCUAUCCGUAUUUGUACUCGCGUGCCUUGAACCUACCGUACAAGAGUAAAAGCGAUCAACGCAUCUCGGUGAUCUCGAGUACGAGCUCCAAUACCACCUCGGGCAUCGUGAGUGACCGUGUACACUCGGAGGACGAAUUAGAGAUCAUGAUCAACACACCGCCGACGGCUACACUUGCUGCGCCUUCUACGGAAAGUCUCGCCCUGGCACAUCUCCUCGACUGUCCGAGCGUGUCGCGUCAGACGUCUUCGGUUGGACAGGUGUCGUUGAAGGAUCUGGAAGGUACCUUUGCGACACUUUCGGUCAGUCGAACAGCUAAUCAACAUGCUUCCAAUUCGAUCAUCACGAGCAACAGCAACAGCAACAGUGCGAGCAGUGACAACGGUAGCGUAGAAGGAAAACCGGAACGGCCCGGCAAGGAUUGCGAUUCGUCACCUUCCUCGCAGCAUAACAUCGGCUCGCAGUGUUCAUCGACCUGCAGCACGGUAGUAGUGGCCACAGAUUGUUUAAGUCUGCCACAAAGCUCUACCGCAACGAGCACAACCACGAUCAGCAAUGGUGGUGGUGCAGGAACUAUGGUUCAAACGACCAUUAGUCCCGAUCGCCGGCAGACAUCCACCUGUAGCAGCUUGAUGUUGGGAUUUAGUCACACGGCACAGAACAGUACGCUGAGUGUCGCUACCAGCACCUGUCUGGAUCAUGACAUCAACGAGGAGGAGGAGGAAACCCACUCGGGUGUUUACACGAUUGCGCAUGUUCCUCCAACCGAAACGAGCGGUGUGUACACAAUGAACAGCAGCGAACUUACCGGACAGUCGUCAGAGAUUGCAGAGUCAGAGUCACACGAAAGUUCACACUACGGUAGCUUCCAACCGUGUCGUAGCGAGAUGGCGGAUCCGCUGGAACCGGUCGAUUCUGUCGAUGGUGAUUACCACCGACCACGGCUUGACAGUGGACUCAACAGCGAGUUCCGGAUGCGUUCAGAUUCGAACGUUAGUGCGGCAGGUUCGUUCCGAGGUGACGGCAGCGAUCCGACAGACAACAAGCAUUCACUGCUGAGUGCCGAGGAGUUGACCGAUUUGAUCGUGGGUCGCGGAACGUAUCCUUCGCGCAAAACCGUCAGCCAUACGCUCGAUUCCGACUGUGACUAUGUGACGUUGCCCCUUCCUCUCGAGGGAGAAAGUUACCUGCAGGGCAGCGAGGACACAGCUCCCACCGAGGACGAGUACGACGAUGAAGUGCUACCACCGGCCCCUCCCAAGCGCAUCGACAGCAAUAUGGCCUCGACAGCCAUCCCAACACGACCAUCCCAACUACUACAGCAGGUUGAUCAGACCGGUGGAGCGCCUCCACCACCUCCACCGUACAAUGCGCAUCACGAAACGACUGGCCUGCGUGGGCCAGACAUUCGGGCACACACCGUACCGGAUCCGGAAGCACCGGCGAUCCCAUUACGUGACCCACCUCCUUAUCCACAGAAACCGGUAGCAAUGCGCAAAAGUCCGGUAAUGCCACCGAACCUGCCCGUUGGGCCCGUCCUAACAACCGCUCCAGUAUCGGAGGAAGUACCGGCAAGGUUCAUCACUACUCGGCCACAGAUCAACAUUCUCAAAGCGCACGCCAGCGUCGUUGGGGAGACUCCGAAGCCCAGCUUUGCCGCACCAACCGUCAAUAAUAUCGGCAAUCUCUCGCAGGCAACACCACCUCCUCCUCCGCCCCCGGUACCAUCGAGCGCGGUCGGCAUUCCAGCGUACAAUUUGCAUCCUAAUCACAAAGCCAUAACCUCGCCACCACCACCGUACCCGGAGAUGCCGAAACCGCCGCAACAUCGCACUACCGCUUGCGUGCUCCUGCCCGUCAUCAAGCCCCGCCAGUAUCAUCCACCUCCCCCACCGACAAUGCCAAGACAACCGCCACCUCCUCCACCACCACAUUCGCUGGCAACUGUGUACACGAGCCAAUUAGCUCGCUCGCAGAUCGAACUGUACCAGCAACAAUUGUACAGUGACGUGGACUACGUGAUCUACCCAAUCCAGGAUCCGUCGAUCAGCCAGCAGGAGUAUUUAGACGCGAAACAGGGUUCCAUUCUUGCGGCCAUGGCACAGAGCCCACCACCACCGCCCUACCUCGCUUAUCACACCGUACGGGCGCACAACCGUAGCUGGGAUGCGUGCAAAAACCAUGCCAUUUACCGCAGUACACCCUACCUGUCGAUGGCGCUUUCAUCCAACUCACGGUACGCCUCAACACAGAACCUCUCCGAUACGUACGUCCAACUGCCGGGUGCCUACUCACCGCUGUACAGUCCAUCGGUGGCAAGCCUCUGCUCCUCUUACGAGCCUCCGCCACCACCUCCGCUACGUCCACGACCUCCGAUGGUGUCUUCCAAGGUGUCCACUUCCACAAUGCAAUCGCACGGAGUCGGUGCUGGGCAUAUGUCGAUGGCUUCUUCCGGUCCAACACCGGCCCUCUUUGCCCGAUCCCGUUCGGAUGAUAACAUCCUAAACUCGGUCGAAAAUACUCCGAAAAUUCGACGCCAUCCUCCACCACCUCCUCCACCGCCAUACGAAAGCAAAAAAGCCAUCCGUAAGCCACCGCUACCACUUCCGACACCACCACCACCGAUGGAGAAGCUUAUCCAGAAACCUCCGGUUGCCAUCCCAUUACCAGCACAUCAACCACCGAUAUCGUUCAAUCCAGAACGACCUCCGGAAGUGCCAGCCAAACCGACGCCACCGAAACCAAGUGGUCCCAGCGCAAAGCUGCAAGCUCAAAUUAAAAAACAGUAUCCGGACUUUGACAUGAGUACCGUGGCUUCGAUCGCGGACCAGUCUGCCAAUGAUCACACCUCGAUCGACAUCAAAACGCUGCGAGAAAAGAGUAAAAAUCUCGAUCUUCCGCUCAUUUCUGCUCUCAUGCACGAUCGCUCGUUGCUAAGACAGACGCGUGCUUUCGUCAUGCCGAAGCACCCGAAAUCGAACGGUUCGAAUGGUUUACAGAAGGGUGGCGUAGGAGGUACCGGAACCGUACCAGGAACGCCUACGAUCAAUGGAGAUUCUCCGAACAGCAAUGGUGGAUCACCGCCGGGUAACAAUCCAUCACCCAAAUCGAAGUAUCCCGUGUCUGGACUGUCUACCACGCAGUUGGCUAAGCCCCGCAAAACUUCGGCCAGCCAUCGACAUCCAAAUGACAAGCUACCGCCACUGCCUGGUCAAACCGGCCCCGGACAAACGGGCCCAACGGCAGAGGGUAAUAACUAUGUUAUGGAUCCGACACCAACGCCUAUCAAGCAGAAAAGCUUCAGCUCCUCCCAACCCAGUGCCUGAUGAG